UUCACAUUAGAAGAAAAAAUACCAUUUCUAAAGCCGCAAUUUGUUAAUUCCCGAAAUAACGAAUAUAUAUUUAUUUCAAUAACUAUCAAUUAAAAUGUUGAAAAAUUUGUGCGUACAGCAACUAAAUUUAUUGAAAACAUGUGCAACUUUGCAGCAACAAGUACGAACCACUUUUAUACUGAAACGUAAAUAUGAUCCUCCACUACAUAAAAUCAAUCAAAAGCCCAAGAAAAUGCGUGGAAGACAUCACAUUUACGAAUUGGUGGAAGACACACAUAGCAAAAAACAAAAGGAAAUCGAAGUCGUGCUGAAGACCUUUGUAGAGGGUGUAGGCGGCAAGGGAGAUGUGAUCUCUUUAAAGUCGAACUUUGCCUACAACAACCUACUAUUGCCUGGUUUGGCUGUAUAUAAAACAGAGGCAAAUGUAGCCAAGUAUGCUAAGAAGGAAAAUGAAAAAUUGGACUUGGAGCAUAGCUCACCAUUUGCACAGAGGACCGUAAAUAUGCUGGAGCGUUUAAAUUUGGCCGUGGUUAUGAAUAAAGAUCACCCCUGGGUCAUUGAACCUUGGCAUAUUAAAGCUUCUCUCCGAAAGGCCGGUUAUAUCUGCAAAGAUGAAUGUAUUACCAUUCCAAAAGAGCCCAUUGAAGGUCCCGAUCUAAAUAAGGAAAAUAAAGAAUUCUACUGUACGGUAACCAUAAACAAUUUAGAAAAAGCUCGCGUUAAAUGUCGUGUGCAUCAUUGGAGCACCGAUCCCAGUGAACGUUUACCAUAUGUUUUUGAGCAUUGGAAAAUGCCCUCUGAACCCUUAAUGGACGUUGAAAAACCACUAGCUGGCGGGGACGGUGACACAAAGAAUCCGGCUUAAAAUGUAUGAAUAAAAAGUUGUUGAAAUGUUGCAAAGUGUUUUUAAUAAAAAAAGGAGACGUUAAAUGUUUCGAACAAAU